CUUAAUAAAUAAUCAGUAAAAAACAGUAUUAAAAAGAAAACUAACUUAUUUACUUAAAAAAAUAAGUAUCCAAGUAGAUAUAAAAUAAAAAGUAGUGUUUAUUUAAAUUUAGAACUCAAAUAAUUCAAAAACAAAUGAAUUAUAAAAGAACGGCUUAGUCGCUGUUUCGAUAUUUUAAAUUCGAACGUGACAUUAAAAUUAAAAAAUACUAAAAAAAACAGAGCCAUGGAAAACUACCUAAACUACCAGUGUGGGGAAGAAAGUUGGGAGCAACAAGUUAUACCAGUAAGCAGAUUUCAGAACAUGGAAACAGUUCCAAUAGCGAAGCAGAGAUGCCAGGCCAACGCUCGUGAGAGGGACCGCACGCAGAACAGCGUGAACGCCGCGUUCCACACGCUGCGCCUGCUCAUACCGACGGAGCCGCCGGACCGGAAGCUCAGCAAAAUCGAGAUCUUAAGGCUCGCUGGCAGCUAUAUCACGCAUCUUGACAACCAGCUCUAUACCGGUGACAUAGAACAACCUUGCCUACAGAAACAUGACGCCGAGAACAAAACCACAUCGCUUUGUACAUUUUGCUGGACAACUGUCAAGAAAGAUAAAUAUGCAAACGUAUCAAACUAUUACAAACCGCAUCAUUGAAGAGGACCGUCACUUAGCAUACGAACAUA